AACCCCUUUCAAUUAUCUCCAUCUCCCCCCAAACCCUAAAAACAGUUCUCUUUCAAUCCCCCCGUAGCUAUGGCACUCCUCCUCGCCAGAUCCAGACGCAGAUCCCUCGCCAACCCUUCACUCUUCCACCUUUACUCCACUUCUUCAAAUGACCCAGACAACGAUAACGCCACCACGAACGGCAACCACUCCGCCAAUAAUCCCCCUUCAGUCUCUUCUUACUUCGGCGAUGUCAAAACUGACCAACACCAACAAAGACCCAGAAACCCCACAAAUCCUUCGACUCCCAAUUCCAAACCCAUGUCAGUAAGCGCUUCCUUACUGGAAAUCCGUAAGAAUCUCUCCGAGUUCCGCCGACGUUCCACGGUGCCAUCUUCUGCUGAGCCCAUUCCCACACCAUCACAAUCACAGCCACAUAUUUCGUUCCAAGAAUUAUUCAAACGAAACGCCUUAGCUAAACAAGGGGAGUCCAACGAAAGUCCUGAUGGUUUUGGUACUAGUGGGAAACGGGCGAUGGAAACUUUAAGGAACAGUCUGCGGCACAUGAAACAGAAUUCUGAGGCGAAUAACAACGUGGAGGGAAGAUCAGGUCCAUUAAUCUCUUUAUCGGCAUUUAAGAAUGAUUUAAAAUUGAAGCCUUCAGCUGACAGAGUGGUCUCCCCGGUGAUUGGUGGGACUUCGGCUGAACUACCGGCCUCGAUUUUCGCGAGGGAGAUGAAAGGUAAGGCUAAAGGAGGAGAGACUGCAAUGAGGACAGAGUUUGUUAGGAUGUAUGGUUAUGAAGAGUUAGGGCAGAGGUUGAAGGAAUUACGGCCGCCGGAUAAGGAGGGUGGGUUUUCAUUGCAGGAGUUGAAUGAAAGGUUGAUAAAGUUAAGGGCAAUCGAAGAGAAGGAAACCGAUGUGCGGAUCAGUGGGGUUAACUUCACGGAUUUAAGGGAUGGCUUGUACACUUUGAAGAGGUUUGACGAAGAAAAACAGAAAAAUAAAUUAGCCCAGAAAGUUGAUAUAUUGGACCUCUUUGGUAGAACUCCAGAGUUUAUGUUGCACCCUCCAAAGGAACAGUUAGUUGAAAAGUAUUUCCAUCCAGAUAACAUGUCUUCUGCUGAAAAAAUGAAAAUCGAGCUUGCAAAAGUUAGAGAUGAGUUUAAGAUGUCAGAAUCAGAUUGUGGAUCUGCACGUGUUCAAGUGGCACAACUCACUACCAAGAUCAAACAUCUAUCAUCAGUUCUGCAUAAAAAGGAUAAGCAUUCUCGAAAAGGUCUUCUAGCAAUGGUGCAGAAGAGGAAGAAGUUGUUGAAGUAUCUCCGAAGAACCGACUGGGAUUCAUACUGUUUGGUUCUGUUGAAGCUUGGUCUCAGGGAUACUGCAGAUUCGAAGAACUACUAGAACUGGUAAGCUAAUGUGGUAGUACAUAACCCUGCAACCUGUUUUUUUUGAAAUUGAAAGAGGUUGCUGGUUCAACUUUGAAUGUGUUGUUUUUGUUCCAAAAAAAUAUUGAAUAGAGAAAAAUGUGGGAGAAAUUGUUUUAUUAUUUUUCAUUAAUAAAUUCUAGUAUCUAUAUAUAAAAAAAAAUCCCCGAGUGAGAGGAAGAUCUCAAGUUAGUGAGUUUUGUUUUAA